AAUCAUAGACAAUUACUAUUUAUGUCCGCCAUUCAUUCUUUUGAGUUGCUUUUUCGUUUUACGAUUUAAUCCAAAAUCGCAAGGAAUUUGUCAUCAAAGCAGCAUUAGCGCGUAAUAAUACGCUUCUACAAGCAGCUGACUUGAAAAAAUCCGGGUUGUGAAGACUCGAGGCGAGGAGUGCAACAGCUCGACCUGCUCUGACGUGCUCCUGCCGUGAGAUCGUAUCGUACUUCCAGUGAUGCUUCCCAUUUACGUUAUCGGUCGCGACGUUCGCUUUGCGAGUGCCUGAUGGUGUGGAAACUAUGUGCGAAUAACAACUUAAGUAAUCAGAGAGAGGACUCAGUAUGGGGGCGUUUUUGAACAAGCCCGAGACGAAGAAAUAUAACGAGAACGGGGAAGGAAACGGUCUUCGCUAUGGCGUGGCGUCGAUGCAAGGUUGGCGCGUGGAGAUGGAAGAUGCCCACCACGCGCAGUGCACUCUAAACGGGACUCUGUCAGACUGGAGCUACUUCGCGGUGUUCGACGGUCACGCGGGCGCGCGAGUGUCAGCACACUGCGCCGACAACCUGCUGGAAUGUAUCUUACAGACGGACGAGUUUCGGCGCGAGGAGAUAGCGGAGGCGAUCCGGGCCGGUUUCCUGGAUCUAGAUAAGAAGAUGCGCGAGCUUCCCGAGCUGUCGAACGGCGAGGAAAAGUCGGGCUCCACCGCCGUGUGCGCGUUCGUGUCACCUAAACAAAUAUACAUAGCUAAUUGCGGCGAUUCACGCGCUGUGCUCGCGCGUAACGGGCAACCUAUAUUUGCUACGCGAGACCACAAGCCAGAGCUUCCAUCUGAGAAGUCUCGCAUCGUUCAAGCCGGUGGUUCAGUAAUGAUUCAGCGUGUAAACGGGAGCUUAGCUGUUUCACGAGCGUUGGGUGAUUAUGAAUACAAGAAGGUGCUGGACCGGGGUCCGUGUGAGCAGCUAGUGUCCCCGGAGCCUGAGGUGUCGACUCAUGAGCGCUCGGAGGCGGAAGAUGAGUUCCUGGUGCUGGCAUGCGAUGGAGUUUGGGAUGUAAUGAGUAACGAGGCACUGUGUGCCUAUGUGCACUCACUGCUGCUGUUGACCGACGACCUGGUGGCUGUGACCAAUCAGGUCAUUGAUACCUGUCUUUAUAAGGGCAGCAAAGACAACAUGAGCAUUGUGCUGGUGACGUUCCCCGCGGCGCCGAAGCCCAGCGCGGAGGCCCAGCGCGCCGACCGCGAGCUCGACGAGACGCUCCGGCAGCGGCUGACAGCAUUGAUCGAGAAAAGUGCCGGGAGCGAGGAACGCGAGGACACGGCCUGCCACUUCUCGUGGGUCCUGAAACAGCUCGCCCGGGAGAACGUCCCCGGCCUCCCCCCCGGCGGGGGCCUGGCUGCCAAGCAAUCGCUCCUGGACAAGAUAUACCGGGAGUUCUACCCGGAGCACGCCGACAGCUCCGAAACGUUCGACUGCCAGCCCGAGCUCACGGACGCGUUCGGCGCCAACUAAGCACGCUUCCUCGCAUCGACCACCCGAUUGACUGUGACUCGUUUUAGUUUCCA